AUGUCCAAUGAGCUAGGAAACUCAAAGGAGAAGUCUUUGGAAUCCAAAUGGAAUCCUAUGUCCCCACAAUACGGAGAGAAGUCUGGUCGGAACUCGGCAGGAGAACCUAUGUCCAACGAGAAGCUCGAAGGAAAUAAUAAUAAUAAUAAUAAUAAUAAUAAUAAUAAUAAUAAUAAUAAUAAUAAUAAUAAUAAUAAUAAUAAUAAUAAUAAUAAUAAUAAUAAUAAUAAUAAUAAUAAUAAUAAUAAUAAUAAUAAUAAUAAUAAUAAUAAUAAUAAUAAUAAUAAUAAUAAUAAUAAUAAUAAUAAUAAUAAUAAUAAUAAUAAUAAUAAUAAUAAUAAUAAUAAUAAUAAUAAUAAUAAUAAUAAUAAUAAUAAUAAUAAUAAUAAUAAUAAUAAUAAUAAUAAUAAUAAUAAUAAUAAUAAUAAUAAUAAUAAUAAUAAUAAUAAUAAUAAUAAUAAUAAUAAUAAUAAUAAUAAUAAUAAUAAUAAUAAUAAUAAUAAUAAUAAUAAUAAUAAUAAUAAUAAUAAUAAUAAUAAUAAUAAUAAUAAUAAUAAUAAUAAUAAUAAUAAUAAUAAUAAUAAUAAUAAUAAUAAUAAUAAUAAUAAUAAUAAUAAUAAUAAUAAUAAUAAUAAUAAUAAUAAU